AUGGUGGUCAAUGCUAUUCCACAUCAACUUCUUAAAAGAACUACUACCUUUAGUCAAUGUCCUCCUUUAACCCCUGGAGGUGUACCACCACCACUACUCAAUGUCAUACUUUCACCUGAUCCUAUCGUUCCUGGACAAUCUGAUAGUGUUACUAUUUCUGGAGCACUAAGUCGUCCUGUCAUCGAUGGCGACAUUGCCGCUGUUGCACUUAUUGAUCCUGCAGCUAAGGCUCCCAUAGGUGAACCAACUACUGCGCCAGCCAACCCUAAAACACCAUUUUCUCAAGUAUUGGAUCUUGAGGUGGCACCAGAAUUACCUGCUACAUACGUUAUUUUAACUGGUGUUGCGAAUCCAAAAACACAGGAAGUUCUAGGCUGUGCAUUAAGUCUUAUUGGUGGCUCUGCUGAAUCUGUAGAUCUUGACUCUUAUCCCAUCGCAUUAUUUUAA